AUGAAGAAGACCAGAGUGGAGCGGAUAUCCGCAAGAUUGGUUGGAGCCUGUCGGAACAGAGCAUCUCAUGAGCCGAGUGGAGGAGGCGAAUGGUUAAGGAGGCUUUCGUUGCCGUUCCACGCGGACAGAUUCGUCAUACUGGACGGCCAAACUUGGCGCACCUCGAAAACACCAAAUGCCCUAUCGGUCGUCACCGCUACUGCUACUGCUGAUGAUGAAGGCGGACUUCAUUCAGAGUCUGGUUUUGAAGGCGACGAGGGAAACUCUGCGCCCGCAGGUCCAUGCCUCGAAUCCGACCGGGGUCGCAACUGCAACCCAGUCGAGGAAAGAGUGGCUGUUUGGCGAGCCUCGUCGAGAGGAUUUCACUGCAAACGCUGUCCUACCCUUCACUCCCUUCUGACUCGACUGACUGCCAGCUUUUGUGUUGCCAAGCAAAAACGGUGCAACACUCAUUCAGAAGAAGCACCCAACUGCAGCCAGGCCAUAUUUGCUCUUCAAUGUACGGCUUCAAAGAGUCCCUUCUGGUCUCUCCCGAUGGGGUAUGAGAAUGCUAAAUAUGAAAAUUACAAUACUGGUGGUUACCAGGGCACCGAUCAAAGAGAGUAUGAGGCCUCAGGGGUCCGGUUGGCUCGAGGAUGA